AUGGUGAAAUCUCCAGAGGAUUUUGAAAGACGGCCGAACCCUAUAGGAUGGGUGCAGCCAAAAGCACCGUACAAUCCCUAUGACCCUACGGAUGUUCGACCUCCUGAAGGUUACCCCAGUGAGUUUGAUGCUCCAUCUUCAGUGAAAAGAAACACUGGAAAGGUUGCCCAGGAUCUCACCGAUUAUCAGAAGAUCAAGAUAGAUAUGAAGAGAUUGAAGUAUUAUCCAAGGCCACCAUCUGAGUUAUAUCCUGGUAGAUAUAAGGUACUUCGAAACAUCAACCAUAAGAGUAGUUUUGUGCGAGGUGCCGAACUCACAGCUAAACUGUCUAUAUACGGAUUUAUUGCUUUUGGAGUGUUUUUCUACAAAUGGAAUGAUAACGAGAAUGUCUUUGCUCCAUUCAGGAGAUUGCAAUUGAAAGUGAAGGAGUUUGUGUUGGGGGAACUCUCUUCCGAUGAUUACAACGAUUUAUACAACUACAAGAAAGACAAGCUGAUUCCUCAAAGGCCCUUACCGACGAUCAUGUACGAGCAAAACGAAAAUCGAAAUCUUGUCGGUGAAGAUGCUACCAACAACGAAUUUAUAAAGGAUAGAUUUGGUAAUAAGCACGUUGUAUAUGCAGAGCAUGUGGCACAGAGAGAGGAAGAAAGCAUGUUGAAAGCUAUGGAAAUAGCCGAAAGAGAGCUGGAACUAAACAAGAUGAAGGAACAACUACUGAAAUCAGAACAAAAACCAAGCUGGAAGUUUUGGUAA